GUAAAAUCAGUUGAAAAAAAACAUCGUAAAUUGAGAAACUAUGAGGUGUGCUUUUAAUUGAGGAAUUUGUGAAGGAAAGUAAAUUAGAAGCGAAGGUUAUCUGGUGCUGAUGAACAUGCAGAUGCUGUAGGGACUAGGGAGUGAAGGGUGUGGUAACAAGCGCAGAAUAAAACAAGAUGAUGGUAAUGAGUGCAGGUGCAGUGGGAGUGGGAGUGCGAAUGAGAAUGCUUUCUCCUUCCUCUUCGUCGUGGGGUAAAAGGAAAAUAGGAAUCGGAAUAGGAGGUCCCCUUCCCCUUCCCCUUCCCCUUAAUCUCCACUUCCAACGCAAAUGCGUUUACAAUUCGAGAGAUGCUGACACUAGUCCUCCUCAAGAAGCUGUUCUCAAAGCCAUCUCAGAGGUUUCAAAAACAGAGGGGAGAGUUGCACAAACAAGAAAUGUUGUUAUGGGAGGCACAAUAUCUGGGGAAUCAGAAGAUGAAUGGAAAAUUUUAGAUCAAAAGGUUAAUUCUUAUCCAACUGUUAGGGGAUUCAUAGCAAUUGGUACUGGAGGGGAUGAUUUUGUCCAGGCUAUGGUUGGUGCAGUUGAGUCAGUUCUUCAACGUCCAAUUCCUGAGGGUAGGGUGACACAUAAAGUAUCAUCUAGAGGAAAGUAUGUGUCAGUAAACAUUGGACCUGUUAAGGUUGUUUCAAGUGACCAGGUCAAAAGUACACUAAAAUCCUAAAAAACUCCAUCAUACGAGGGAGCUGCCCCUUUCAAACGCAAAUGAAGAUCAGCAGUCUACAACAAUCUCUCCAAUUGUUGGCACAAUUGUAACUACUCUUUGGGCAAAUAGGGUCAGUUUUAGAGAAACAAUCACAGCGACAAAUUUGUUUACCAAGAAACUUCAAAGAGGUCCAUUAAUUUCAAUAUUUUAAAUUUUGCAUACUUAUAUAUAUAAGAGUGUAGGCCUAUGCAUAUGUCUAUGCGAAAACUUUUAAGCAUGUAUCAACAAGAUUAAGAUAGUCAUAACAAGCACAUUUUAAGUAUAAAGAAACAGUUUUUUAGUCUUGAA